CUUCAACAAUGCGGACGUGUUUAAUCCUAUUGAUCUUUGUGGCGGGUGCUCUGUCCCUUUGUAGUCUGAGCCCUCGGGAUCCGUUCCCAAUGGUCGCCAAGAGAAUUGGCAGCAAAACGGCGAUCCUCAAAGGAUCUUCAACGCCAACGUUGCGUCUCUCUCUCAAUGAGACGGUAAUUUUCUAUUGUCCACAAGGCCUUGAGAUCGGUAGAGAGGACUAUGAUUACUAUCGCGACGCAAUAAAUAGGCCAACGGCAGAACUGACAUGUGCUGAAGAUGGUCUUUAUUCCAAUGGCCAACGGAUCCAAGACUAUACACAAACUAUACUUGUAAAAUGCAGUACCGCUGACAGUCAAAUUUUUUAUGAGAGCACUAAAAGCUUGUCGGGCUGCGAUGCGGAUGCAAUGACACUGAUCGUUGGCUAUAAGCUGCCAGGAUUAUCGGAUGUGAAGCAAUUGGCCAUGUGUUACGAUUUGGGUGCAUCCCGACUACGUUUCGUCAAAUUCAUGGCAUAUCCGCCCCAGAAUAUAUUGUUGGACAUGUCGAAAACUGAUCAAGUGCUCAAUGAACUGAAUUUGGACAAAGUUAUUGAUAGUUUGCCCGAUUAUUUUCACUAUACCAGCGAUUCAGAGUUCCAACAGCUCGUAUCUGAUCAGAAACAGUUUGGGGAACUCUACGACUCAAAAUUAUUUGAAUAUUCCAGCCUGUUGCAGGAUCAACAACAGUUAAAGGAUCUAGACGACUACAAAUAUCUGCUAAAAAUUGUGUGGCUUCGAUCAUUGCGCCAAGGCAACUGGAAGCAUUGGCUGGAAGCGUUGCGCGUUGCCAGCGAUGACAAUGACGAGAAGUUCGAGUUGCGCAUAGGAGUUUCAGGGGUGGCAACACUGCCACUUGCCCAACGGUGCAAUGUCAGUCGCAGUUUGCAGCUGGAGGACGGAAAGGGCAACUCUCUCACAGUGCCUGCGUAUAUUUGGGCUCAUGUUCGCUCUCUGCAGCCAGAGGGAAAUGCCGCCGAUGAAUUUGUUCUUGUCGCACACAAUUCCCCUUACUCCAAUGUCUUGGAGUUGAGCACAUUCUGUGAUGAUAUUUGUGCUGAGAUCCCGUGGCUGAGCAACAGUCUCUUUGGCGAAUUACACUUGUUGCCGAUGUACGGAGUUGUUCACUGCUGUCGCAUGGAUGCAGUUGAUAAGCUAACGGAAUUUCCAUUUGAUAAACAGCAACAACAACCGUUGUUAUCAGAAGAAGCAUCGACUACGAAGCCGACACCUACUGGAAUUUAAUGAAUUAAAUAAAUUACAAUUCAAAUAAAAUUACUAAUUGCAAAUCAAUUAAAAUUGUCAAAAAUAA